CAAGCGCUGAAAGAUCCCGGGGAGAAUGUCUGGACACCAUGAAAGCCAGGAAAUGGAACUGUUGACGUUCGGAGAUGUGACCAUAGAAUUUUCUCCAGAAGAGUGGGCAUGCCUGGACCCUGCUUGGUGGAAUUUAUAUAGGGAUGUGAUGUUAGAGAACUACAGAAACCUGGCCUCCCUAGGUCUUACAGCCUCUAAGCCAGCCCUGAUCACCUGUCUGGAACAAAGGAAAGAGCCCUGGAAUGUGAAAAGACAUAAGAAAGUUGCAGAACACUCAGCUGUGUCUUCUCAUUCCACCCAAGACCAUUUGCCAGAGCAGGGAAUAAAUGUUUCAUUCCAAAAAGUGUUACUACGAAGCUAUAGAAGCUGUGGUCUUGAGGAUUUAAACUUAAGGAAAGACUGGGAAAAGGUGGAUGAGCAUAAGAAGCAGAGCAGUUAUUAUAAUGAAUCUAACCAGUGUUCAGCAACUGGCCAUAGCAAAAUCUUCCAAUGUAGUACAUGUUUGAAAGUUUUCAAAAACUUGUUGAAUCUAAAGAGACAUAAAAUGAGACAUACUGUAGAGAAAUCAUGUAAAGAAUGUGGAGAAGCUUUUAACCAGUGCUCACACAUUACUAAACACACGAGAAUUCAUAAUGGAGAGAAAGUUUACAAAUGUGAAGAAUGUGGCCAAGUCUUAAAAUCCUGCUCAAGCCUUUCUAAUCAUAAGAUAACUUACACUGGUGAGAAAUUGUAUAAAUGUAAAAAUUAUGGCAAAGCUUUCAACCACAGCUCAAAUCUUAGUAUACAUAAAAGAAUUGAUACCAGAGAAAAAUCUUAUGAAUGUGGGAAUGCCUUUAAGCACUACUCAUACCUUUCUGAACAUCAAAGAAUCAAUCCUGGAGAUAAACUCUACAAAUGUGAGGAAUGUAGAAAAGCCUUUAACUGUUGCUCAGACCUUAAAAAUCAUAAGAGAGUUCAUACUGGAGAGAAACCAUAUAAAUGUGAAGAAUGUGGCAAAGCCUUUAACCGUUGCUCAGACCUUACUAUUCAUAAGAGAAUUCAUACUGGAGAGAGACCUUACAAAUGUGAGGAAUGUGGCAAAGCUUUUAAUCACAUCUCAAAUCUUAAUCUACAUAAGAGAGUUAUUCAUACCAAAGACAAACCCUACAAAUGUGAAGAAUGUGGCAAAGCCUUUAUUUAUUGCUCAGUCCUUAGCAAACAUAAGAGAGUUCAUACUGGAGAUAAACCCUACAAAUGUGAAGAAUGUGGCAAAGUCUUUAAUCAAUGCUCAGACCUCACUAAACAUCACAGAAUUCAUACUGGAGAGAAACCAUACAAAUGUGGAGAAUGUGGCAAAGCUUUUAACCGCAGUUCAAGCCUCAGUAUACAUAACAGAAUUCAUACUGGAGAAAAACCUUACAAAUGUGAAGAAUGUGGUAAAGCUUUUAACCGCAGCUCAAGCCUAAGUAUACAUAACAGAAUCCAUACUGGAGAAAAACCUUAUAAAUGUGAAGAAUGUGGCAAAGCUUUUAACCAUAGCUCAAACCUUAAUCUACAUAAAAGAAUUAUUCACACCAGAGAAAAACCCUACAAAUGUGAACAAUGUGGCAAAGCCUUUAUUCAUUGCUCAGUCCUUACUAAACAUAAGAGAAUACACACUGGAGAGAAACCCUACAAAUGUGAAGAAUGUGGCAAAGUCUUUAAUCAAUGCUCAGACCUCACUAAACAUCAUAGAAUUCAUACUGGAGAGAAACCGUACAAAUGUGAAGAAUGUGACAAAGCCUUUAACCAUGGCUCAAGCCUUAGUAUACAUAAAAGAAUUAAUCAUACUGGAGAAAGGCCCUACAAAUGUGAGGAAUGUGGAAAAGCCUUUAACCGUUCCUCAGACCUUACAAAUCAUAAGAGAGUUCAUACUGGAGAGAAACCAUAUAAAUGUGAAGAAUGUGGCAAAGCCUUUAACCGUUGCUCAGACCUUACUAUUCAUAAGAGAAUUCAUACUGGAGAGAGACCUUAUAAAUGUGGAGAAUGUUACAAAGCUUUUAACCGCAGCUCAAGCCUUAGUAUACAUAAGAGACUUAUACAUACUGGAGAAAAAUCACACAAAUGUGAAGAACGUGACAAAGCUUUUUACCAUAGUUCAAACCUUACUAAUCAAGAGAAUUCAUACUGGAGAAAAACCCUACAGAUGUGA